CACCGAAUAGCGUUGCCUCAAAGUGCCAAAAGCUGUGCCCCAAAACAGGGCUAGAGCCUAAUGCCUUCAUCGGACGACAACCGCCGCCGCCUCAUCGCCGCUGCAGAUCCGCCGGAAAAGGGCUCCGAUUCUAAAGCCGAGCCCGAAAUCGAUGAUGAUGAUGACGAUGAAUAUGAAUAUGAAGAAAUAGAAGAAGAAGUGGAGGUGGAGGAGGAGGUAGAAGUAGAAGUAGAAGAAGAAGACGACGACGACGACGAGAUAGGUGAAGAUUUAUCAGAUUCACCCAUCGAUGAAGAUAGAAAAGAUGAUAGCGAAGGUAUGGAGUCCGUGGGGCAUGAAGAGCAAUUAAGAUCACUUUCUUCUACUCCAGAAAGACCUAUAGCAAAUCUACAACCAUAUGGCAGUCCGAAAUUUUCUGGUCCAGGUGAGACAAGACAAAAGGAAGAACCAUGCAUCAAUAUUGAGGAUUCCAAGUUUCCAAGGAUAGGAAAGCACCAGGUUACUUCUGAUGACAAUGGACUUCAAGAAUCCACUGCUGAUAAGAAUGAUUCUGGAAUGCUUCCAGGAAAGGGAACCCCUAAAAACCAUGAUGAUGCACAUUAUGAUAGCAAGGUUCAUCUGUGCAAUAGUAGUGUUAUUAGUUCCGAGAACACUAAGCCCUUCAGUGUUUCUGGUAAAGAAGUGGCUGCUUCAAUUUCGAUUAGAGAUGGCUCCGGUGAGGAGGAUAAGGCCAUUAUGUAUUCUGAGGAUGAAAUUAUGGAAAUGAGCAUGCAGCCUAGGGAGGAUAUGGAGCAAAGGACAUCAAGGUUUUCCAGAUUGGCUGUGCGCCAGAUAAGGCCCAGAAAUUUGUCCCCUGGUGCAGAGUUUAAGGAUGAAAACAAGCGACCAGCAGUUAUAUGUGACUUUUUUGCUAAAGGUUGGUGCAUUAAAGGGAAUUCAUGUAGGUUCCUCCAUAAAAAAGAUUUUGCGAAUGUCACUAGCCAAAGGCCUGAGGGUGAUGUAACUGCUGGAAAUCAGAAAAGUGAACUCCCGGCUGAUGAAGGCUUGGGAGAUGGUACUGAGAGCUUGGGGCUACCUGGUUUCCCUGAUGCAGCAGUUUCUUCGGUUACAUAUAGUACUUCAUUUUCUUCGGAAAGGAUCCCGUCACUGGAAGAUCGAGAAAACCAAGGGUUGAACCAGUCUGGUGAGAUGCACAAGUUUCUCUCUCUUCAAAGAGAGGAAUCUUCUUCUGGGGUUUCCCCUGAUUCCCGAGAAUUGCUAUUACGUAAAGAUAAUUCUAGGUCUAUCUCUCCUCUUAAGGAUGGUGGAAGAGGGAGUUUGAGACAAAAUUGGUGGUCCGAUGAUUAUGGAAACUAUGCUCCACCUAUUGUUAAAGGCAGUUCUCCAGUCCGUGGGAGGAGCUUGGUACUUGAGCAAAAAUCUUUCUCAAGUAGCUCAAAUACAUGGUCAGAUACAUACAGAAGCACUGGGGUUCCCUCUUCUGCAACAAGUUUGGAAGAAAUGACUGGUAAGAGAGGCCUGUAUAUAAUCAAUGAUCGACAAAGUUCGCCAAUGUUAAGCCAUCUUAUGAGUUCAAGCUUAAGCACUUCUCUACAGUCUACUGGCAUGUUGCCGUCACAACAUAUUUCAGCUUGGACAAGCUCAUCUUUGUCAUUUAGUUCUUUCAAUAUGGAUCCACUUGGUGCUCAGAAGCCUUUGGACAGUGAUAAAGAACAUCAUGCUCUUGGAUCUGCUUUCUCGCUGCGCAGUUCCUCGUCAUUCUCUGGUUCUAAAUCAGAUAACUUUUCUCUAACCAAUAGUUCUGGGGAUUCAAUGCUCUUAGCUGGACGUAAAACAAAUUUUUCUUCCAAUGACUGGGAGCCAUCUGUUCCUUUUCGACCAUCAUUUUUUAUUACUCCUCAAAAUAGAUCAUCUCCGGGAAGCCAGUACGACCCUAUUCGUGAUAGCAUUGAGCAACCCAGCUUAGGAGAUGGGUUCCCAAGAUUUUCCUUCUCUAGUCAAGGGACAUCCCUCCAGAGUGCACAUCAGCAUGUAGAUGAUGAUCCUGUUUUAACAGGGACCCUUGGCACAGAUUAUAAUUCUGAAAAACAUUCUAUAUCUGGUCAUCAGAAAUUCCAUGACAAUGUGAUGGACAAGAACUUUUAUAGAAAGGAUUUGCUUACAAGUGAAGCAGAAACUAAUGGAACUUCUGCUGCUGAACAGAAAAAUGGAAAUACCUUUCCCAUUGAAGAGAAGCUCUUGAACCCUGCUCAUGUUAAAGACACUAUGAAAGCAAAUAAAAAAAAUAUUGAUCAUGGACUUCAAAACGAUAGGCCGAGACACAGGAAGGAAAUAAAAGUUGACCGGAGUAGAGCAAACAAUGAAGUUGAUGUUGACCUUAUGAUAAAUGGGGAAGGGCACAAGGAACCAAAAGCACUUAAACAUUUUCGUGCUGCUCUUGUAGAUUUUGUGAAAGAAUUGGUGAAACCAACUUGGCGUGAGGGUCUUCUGAGCAAGGAUGGUCACAAAAUGAUAGUUAAGAAAGCAGUUGAAAAAGUCCUUGGCACAUUGCAACCCCAACAGAUUCCAAGUACUGUGGAAUCAAUUAAGCAGUAUCUUUCUUUAUCCCAACCGAAAAUUACGAAGCUUGUUGAGGGAUAUAUUGAGAAGUACGGCAAAUCUUGAGCGGGCUAGGCCUAUUGGCAUUCCAUUGUAUGGUGUCCUAUACAUUCUACCAACUCGAAAGUCAUGGACAUUUGCUCUACCAACUUGAAAGUCAUGGGCAUUCCUUUCGGGCUAUCUUCUUGACUAUUUAUAUCUAGGAUUGAAACUUGUGUGGACUAUUAGGAAUUUUUCUAUGAGAUGUUUUGUUUUGUGGAUGAUAUCCCCUUUUUAGCCUUUGGAAUAUAAUGAGAAUCAUGGUUUGUAGUUGCGGUUUUUUA